AUGAAUCCCUUAACAGUGCCAGUAGCACUUCUCUAUUUUGUGCUAGCAUGUCUGGCCGCUUCUCAAGCACAUGGUAACACGACAGUAUCGAGGCCGAACAUACUGUUCAUAUUCACGGACGACCAAGACUUAGAACUUGGAUCCUUGAACUAUUUGCCCAAAAUUCGAGAACGUGUACAAGAUCAAGGGUUCACGUUCAACAAUCAUUACGCUACAGUGGCGUUAUGCUGCCCAUCGCGAGUGGCUUUAUUGCGCGGUCAGCAUGCUCACAAUACCAACAACACUUUCGUCCAAGCCCAAGGAGGAGGCUACGACAAGUUUAGAUUGAGCGGAGAGGACCAAGACUACCUACCACAAUGGCUUCGAAAAGCUGGAUACCGUUCCGAGUAUAUUGGUAAGCUGAUGAACCAGUAUGGGAUAUACAACUACAAUAUCACACCGAAGGGUUGGGACCACUUCGAUGGCUUGUUGGACCCAUACACCUAUACUUUCAACACGCCGGUCUUCUCUCAAAACGGACAGCGUCCAAUAUACUAUGCCAAUCAACACCAGACCGACGUCAUCAGAGCAAAAGCCGCUGACCGACUUACCAGGUUAUUAGCAAACCCAGACCAGCCAUGGUACUUGCAAGUGGCACCUGUUGCACCUCAUCAGCAGUUCAACGACUCCGGACGUUAUCCUCCGGUACCUCUCCUUCGACACGAGAAUUUGUAUCCUGGUUUGACAGCUCCGAGAACACCAAAUUUCAAUCCUGUAGUGCAGGACAAGCCGUCAUGGCUAGGAGAAAUUCCGCAGAUGAACGCAAGCCAGAUUGCUUUCAGCGACGAGACAUACAGGCGACGAGCUCAAGCUCUGGCAGGUAUAGACGAGAUGGUUAGCCAUCUACUAGAUAUUCUGGCUCAAGCCGGAAAACUAGACGACACGCUCAUCCUCUUCUCAAGUGACCAUGGCUAUCAUGUCGGUCAACAUCGAGUACCCGCUGGGAAAACUUUGCCGUAUCGUGAGGAUACCCAUGUUCCAUUUUUCGUGAAAGGGCCUGGAAUUCCAAAAGGACAUUCUACUUUAGCACCAUCCACGCACGUUGACCUUGCACCUACCAUCCUUUCCUUCACUGGUUUGUCGAAGAACGAAUGGCCGCCGUUCCUUGAUGGACGUGACCUCACGUCUGACUGGAAUGGUUCUGCUCACACGAACGCCAGCACGGAAGUCAUCAACAUCGAAUUUUGGGGUCUUUCUGGCUCAGAAGGUGCACUGAUAAUUUCAAACGCUACUCGAAAUACAUACAAGACUAUUCGGAUCAUUGGUCCUGAUUACGGGUAUCUCUACACUCGGUGGUGUACGAACGAGACAGAAAUCUAUGAUACAGUGAUUGACCCUUAUGAGCAGAAUCGAAUUCAGCCCUCCGCUCAACCCAGCCUCGCGAAUCGUCUCAACGGGAUCCUUCUUGCUACCAAGACUUGUGUUCAGGAUUCGUGUCGCGAUCCUUGGAGCUAUCUACACCCUGAUGGAAGUGUUCAUAACCUGAAAGACGCUCUGGAUCCAAUUCACGACCAGUAUUACGCCUCACUCCCGCAAGUAUCUUUCAAGGAGUGCCUCCUGUUUCAGUCACCAAGAAAUGAAGAGCCUUUUUUUCCUGGCUUCGAUCCGAAUGCUCCAUAUGCAUUUGCUCAACAAUACAGGAACUCGACUGCCCUACUUGGGAGUCCGGCAUACCCCGGGACUAAUGAUGCACCUGAGGCCAUUCCCGAACUUGGACACUUUGGAGCAGUAUAUCAAGGCUUGGCAGAGAUUGAGAAAGACGCGAGGGUCUUGACGGAUGAGGAGCUGGCCAGUACUGGACAAGGGACGAGGAAGCGGGCUUGGCCUCUAUAUGGCUGA